AUGGAUGUUGUACUGAAACUGACAGACGACUAUUUUUUCACGCCCUAUAUUUAUGGAGAAAAGUGGUUGGAAGAUUAUUGGUUGAGACAGUUUAUUUCAUUAAACUUAAUCGCAACGUGUGGAGGGUACUUACUCUACCUGAUUGUCGGGUCCUUCAGUUACAUUUUCAUUUUUAACAAAGAUCUUCUACGGCAUCCGCUCACCUUAAAAAACCAGCCAUGGUUGGAAAUGUGCUGCACAUUCAAAUCCUUACCAGUCAUGGGGUUCUUAUCAGCUGUGGUGUUCCUGUUGGAGGUGAGAGGUCAUUCAAAGUUAUAUGACUCCAUAGAAGAUUCAAAAUUCGGUGCAAUGGCGAUAGUCUUCUCAUCAAUAAUGUUCAUUUUGUUUACAGACUGUCUCAUUUAUUUUAUUCAUAAGUAUCUUCAUCACCCAUUAAUAUAUUCCACUAUUCACAAGCCACACCACAAGUGGAAAGUCACAACCCCAUUUGCAAGCCACUCUUUUCAUCCUAUUGACGGAUUUUCACAAAGUCUGCCUUACCACAUCUACGUGUUUUUAUUUCCUAUGCAUAAAUUCACUUACCUGAUCCUUUACAUACUGGUCAACAUCUGGUCAGUUUCAAUACACGACGGAGAUUACAGAAUUCCUGUGCUACUUCAAGAUGUCAUCAAUGGGGCAGCACAUCACACAGAUCACCAUCUUUUUUACAAUUACAACUACGGACAGUAUUUUACAUUUUGGGACAGAGUAUGUGGUACGUACAAAACUCCAAGCGCUUACCAAGGAAACGGACCUUUGACUUGCCGAAAAAAUGAAAAAUAA